AAGUGGCUUCGAUCAAGUUUGUGUUUCGUCGCUUUUGGCUUCUAAACUUGAGUUAAAACGUUAAAUGUGGACUUUGUCUCUUUUAAUUUAAUGUUAUUAGAUUGUUGUAGCCUUGUACAACCACUGGAACAAUAUUUCCGAAUUCCAACUAACACAUUUAUCACUUAAAUGUAUGCGUGGUUAUUGUAAGCCUCCUGUCGCAUUAUUGUUGUAUUGCGACAUUUAUAUAUAAUAUUAUUAUUAUAUAUUAUAACAGUAAAGGCAACGAGAUGAAUAACUACAUUUUCUUUAGCUUGUAAUGUGCAAAACAACCGCGAGAUGGCGACACAUUGCUGCAGGCUGAUAUCAGGUCAGCAGUACUCGGACUACUUUAUCAAAGGUCAAGGGUCACAGCAGGGGGUCGCUACAGGCAAUAGUUGUACUGUGAAUUUUUGUGGCCUGGUCUAUGCAACCCCGCUUUUGUAGACCUUAUCCUUGUAACAUACGGCUGUAUACGUUUUUAGAAGAUAUAGACCAGGACCCUGUAGACCUCGCCUAUAUAGCUCCAAACCUGGGUAGCUCAGGACCAUGUGGACCAGGACCAUCUCUCCCUGUUGACCUGGUCUGUAUAUCUCUGCAUCAUGUAGACCUGGACCAUUUAGCCAUGAGUCCUAAAAGCUUUGCCCUCCGAUUCCUGGUCUUAUAGCUCUGAUCUGUGUCGCUUAACUUUAUAGCACUUGUCUAAGUAGCCUUAGUCUAUCUAGACCUGCUCCUAUAGCCCUGAUCUACGUCCCUUAACUUUAUAGCACUUCGUCUAAGUAGCUUUAGUCCAUCUAGACUUGGUCGUAUAGCGCUGAUCCCUGUCACUGACCUUUAUAGUUCUGGUCUAAGUAGUCUUAGUCCAACUAGUCCUGGUCCUGUAGCUCUGAUCUAUGUCCCUUAACUUUAUAGCAGUCGUCUAAGUAGCCUUAGUCCAUCUAGACCUGGUCCUAUAGCUCUGAUCCCUGUCACUGACCUUUAUAGUACUGGCCUAAGUAGCCUUAGUCCAUCUAGACCUGCAGGUCUUAUAACCCUGAUCCAUGUCCCAUAAACUUUGUAGUACAGGGUCUAAGUAGCCUUAGUCCAUCUAGACCUGGUCCUAUAGCCCUGAGCUAUGUCCCUAAAUGUUAUAGUACUGGUCUAAGUAGCCCUAGCCCAUCUAGACCUGGUCCUACGGCUCUGAUCCCUGUCACUGACCUUUAUAGUACUGGUCUAAGUAGCCAUAGUCCACCUAGACCUGGUCCUAUAGCUCUAAUCCCUGUCACUGACCUUUAUAGUACUCGUCUAAGUAGCCUUAGUCCACCUAGGCCUGCAGGUCUUAUACUCUGAUCCGUGUCCCAUGAUUUUUAUAGGUCUAGGUAGCCUUGGUCCAUUUAGUCCUAGUCCUAUAGCCCUGGUUCAUGUACCUUUAUAAUCCUAGUCUAAGCAAUCUUGGUGCAUCUAAACCUGGUCUUACAGCUCUGAUCCCUGUCUCUGACCUUUAUAGUACUUGGCUAAGUACCCUUGGUCCAUUUAGUCCUAGUCCUAUAGCCCUGGUUCAUGUACCUGACCUUUAUAAUCCUAGUCUAAGCAGUCUUGGUGCAUCUAAACCUGGUCCUACAGCUCUGAUACCUGUACCUGACCUUUAUAGUACUUGUCUAAGUACCCUAGGUCCAUCAAGUCCUAGUCCUAUAGCCCUGGUCCAUGUACCUGACGUUUAUAAUCAUAGUCUAAGCAGACUUGGUGCAUCUAAACCUGGUCCUACAGCCCUGAUCCCUGUCCCUGACCUUUAUAGUCCUAGCCUAAGUAGUCUUGGUCCAUCUAGACAUGGUCGUACAUCUCUGAUCCAUGCCCCUCACCUCUAUAGUACUGGUCUAAGUUGCCUUAGUCCAUCUCGACCUGGUCCUACAGCUCUGAUCCAUGCCCCUGACCUGGACAGUACUGGUCCAAGCAGCCUGGGUUCGUCCAGACCUGGUCCUACAAGCCGUGAUCCAUGACCUGACCUGGACAGUACUGGUCCAAGCAGCCUGGGUUCGUCUAGACCUGGUCCUACAAGCCCUGAUCCAUGCCCCUGACCUGGACAGUACUUUCCAAGCAGCCUGGGUUCGUCCAGCCCUGGUCCUACAAGCCCUGAUCCAUGCCCAUGACCCUUAUAGUCCUGGUCUAGGUAGCCUUGGUCCAUCAAAACCUGAUCUCACAACUGUGACUCAUGAAUCCCAGGUCCAUGCAGCCCUGAUGCGUGAAGAACCAUGUACCCCCCCCCCCCCCCCCGCCAAGGUGUUGCACGUGCAUGUGGGCGGAGCUCCCAGGGGUGGGCGGAGCUAGCGUGGCGGCGGCAGCAGCAGUGUGGCCACAGAUUGUCUAAUUAGAUUAGGUGCGGCUUUCCUCAGAUAAUCAUGUAGCAAGCUCCUGUUUUUUCCUGCCGUGGAGAGAAGCCUGCGAGCUCGCUGAAGGACACACCACCUCUCUGACCCGCGCGCCGCUUCGAGGACGCCACCGUGUGUGUUGCUCCUGUGCGUGUGUGUGUGUGUGUGUGUGUGUGUGUGUGUACGUAAUGGCCACUUUCAGGAGGCGUGUGUGUGAUGCUCAGAGUACUCAGACCAACGCUAAGACCUGCUGCUCACUAGAGGCCAUGGAGGAAGUUCAUUCACAGAGUCCAGGCCAGACCAGGGCCGCGCCUCGGGCCGACCACUGAGUCCGCGUUCUUCCCGCAAGGCCUGAGUGGCGCACGGAAGGAGACAUGGCCAACAGCUCUUCCCGCGACGCCAAACAUGGCCGCCGCGGCGAGGCCUACCUGGACACGGAGUUCAGCUGCUCGCUGAAGGAGCUGCGCUCGCUCAUGGAGCUGAGAGGGGCCGAGGCCGCCGCCAGGAUCCAGGAGAGCUACGGAGACGUGAACGGACUUUGUGCCGGACUCAGAACAUCCCCAGUUGAAGGUGUGGAUGCAACGUGGGAGGACUUGGACCGAAGGAAGCAGGUGUUCGGACAGAACGUCAUCCCCCCCAAAAAGCCAAAAACCUUUGUGCAGUUAGUGUGGGAGGCACUGCAGGAUGUCACGCUCAUCAUCCUGGAAGUGGCCGCCAUCGUCUCUCUUGGCCUUUCUUUCUACAGACCGCCAGACGUGGACAGACAGAGUUGUGGCAAGGCGGCGGGCGGCGGGGGCGAGGAGGGCGAGGCGGAGGCGGGCUGGAUCGAGGGCGCGGCCAUCUUGCUGUCGGUGGUGUGUGUGGUCCUGGUGACCGCCUUCAACGACUGGAGCAAGGAGAAACAGUUCCGUGGUCUGCAGAAUCGCAUCGAGCAGGAGCAGAAGUUCUCCGUGGUCAGGGCGGGUCAGCUGACCCACAUCAACGUGGCCGACAUUGUGGUCGGCGACAUCGCCCAGGUCAAAUACGGUGAUCUGCUCCCCGCUGACGGCAUCCUGAUCCAAGGCAACGACCUGAAGAUUGAUGAGAGCUCACUGACGGGAGAGUCGGAUCACGUGAAGAAGAGUCAGGACAAAGAUCCUAUGUUGCUGUCAGGCACGCACGUGAUGGAGGGCUCGGGCAAGGUGGUGGUGACGGCGGUGGGCGUCAACUCUCAGACGGGCAUCAUCUUUGCCCUGCUGGGCGCCGGCGAGGACGGGGAGGGCGGCGACGAGGACAAGGCUGAGAAGGAGAAGAAGAAGAGGAGCAAAAGGAAAGAGGAGCUCAAGAAGAGGAAGAAAGACAAGAAAGCCAAGGAGAAAAAAGCCAAGAAAGAGAGGAACAAAGACGGCGCCACCGUGGAGAUGCAGCCUCUCAACGAGGACGCAGAGCAUGAGAAGAAGAAGAACAGCCCGAGGAAGAAGGACAAGUCCGUCCUCCAGGGGAAGCUCACCAAGCUGGCUGUGCAGAUCGGCAAAGCAGGUCUCUUCAUGUCGGCGCUCACCGUCCUCAUCCUCAUCACGCGCUUCUUGAUCGACACCUUCUGGGUGCAGGGCAUCCUGUGGACCAGCGACUGCGUGCCCAUCUACAUUCAGUUCCUGGUCAAGUUCUUCAUCAUCGGCGUGACCGUGCUGGUGGUGGCCGUGCCUGAAGGUCUGCCUCUGGCCGUCACCAUCUCCCUGGCCUACUCUGUCAAGAAAAUGAUGAAGGACAACAACCUGGUCCGCCACCUGGACGCCUGCGAGACCAUGGGCAACGCCACCGCCAUCUGCUCGGACAAGACGGGCACGCUGACCAUGAACCGCAUGACAGUGGUCCAGGCCUACAUCGCCGGCUGCUACCACAAGAAGGUGCCCGAGUCUGACCUCAUCCCCGCAAAGGUUCUGGACCUGCUGGUUCUGGGAAUUGGGGUCAACUGCGCCUACACCACCAAGAUUAUGUCCCCCGACAAGGAGGGCGGUCUGCCUCGCCAGGUGGGCAACAAAACCGAGUGUGCCUUACUGGGACUCACCUUGGACCUGCGGCGGGACUACCAGAGCGUCCGCAACGACAUCCCGGAGGAGAAGCUCUUCAAGGUGUACACCUUCAACUCCGUCAGGAAGUCCAUGAGCACCGUGCUGAAGAACCACGACGGCAGCUACCGAAUGUUCAGCAAGGGCGCCUCCGAGAUCCUGCUCAGGAAGUGCUGCAAGAUCCUGAUGGAAAACGGCGCGGCCAAAGCCUUCAAACCUCGCGACAGAGAGACGCUGAUGAAGACGGUGAUAGAGCCCAUGGCGUCCGAGGGUCUGAGGACCAUCUGCCUGGCCUACAAGGACUUCACACCCGCUGACGAACCUGACUGGGACAACGAGAGCGACAUCCUGGCUGGACUCACCUGUAUCGCCGUGGUUGGCAUCGAGGAUCCCGUACGACCGGAGGUGCCCGACGCCAUCAAGAAGUGUCAGCGUGCGGGCAUCACCGUGCGCAUGGUGACCGGGGACAACAUCAACACGGCGCGGGCCAUCGCCACCAAGUGUGGCAUCCUGCAGCCCGGCGACGACUUCCUGUGUAUGGAGGGCAAGGAGUUCAACCGACGCAUACGCAACCAGCUGGGAGAGAUCGAACAGGAGCGCAUCGACAAGAUCUGGCCCAAACUGAGAGUCCUCGCCAGGUCGUCUCCCACGGACAAACACACCCUGGUCAAAGGCAUCAUCGACAGCACCGUGUUGGAGCGCAGGCAGGUCGUCGCGGUAACGGGAGACGGCACCAACGACGGCCCCGCCCUGAAGAAAGCGGACGUGGGCUUCGCCAUGGGCAUCGCCGGCACGGACGUGGCGAAGGAGGCGUCCGACAUCAUCCUGACGGACGACAACUUCAGCAGCAUCGUGAAGGCGGUCAUGUGGGGCCGGAACGUCUACGACAGCAUCUCCAAGUUCCUGCAGUUCCAGCUCACCGUCAACGUGGUCGCCGUGGUGGUGGCGUUCACGGGCGCCUGCAUCACGCAGGACUCCCCCCUGAAGGCGGUGCAGAUGCUGUGGGUCAACCUGAUCAUGGACACCUUCGCCUCGCUGGCGCUCGCCACGGAGCCGCCCACCGAGGCGCUGUUGCUCCGCAGCCCGUACGGACGCAACAAGCCCCUCAUCUCGCGCACCAUGAUGAAGAACAUCCUGGGCCACGCCGUCUACCAGCUGACCGUCAUCUUCACGCUGCUCUUUGUGGGUGAGUCUCUGUUGGACAUGGACAGCGGCAGAGACGCGCCGCUGCACGCCCCGCCCUCCGAGCACUACACCGUGGUCUUCAACACCUUCGUCCUCAUGCAGCUCUUCAACGAGCUCAACGCCCGCAAGAUCCACGGCGAGAGGAACGUCUUCCAGGGCGUCUUCAAGAACCCCAUCUUCUGCUCCAUCGUGCUGGGCACCUUCCUGAUCCAGGUGCUGAUCGUGCAGUUCGGAGGCAAACCUUUCAGCUGCGUGAGUCUGAGCGUGGAACAGUGGCUCUGGUGCGUCCUGCUGGGCUUCGGCAGCCUCCUGUGGGGACAGCUGGUGUCCAGCGUCCCCACCAGCUGGCUGAAGUUCCUGAAGACGGCGGGGCACGGCACCAAGCAGGAGGAGAUCCCCGAGGAGGAGCUGGAGGAGAUGAAGGACCAGGACGAGAUCGACCACGCCGAGAUGGAGCUGAGGCGGGGACAGGUGCUGUGGUGCCGCGGCCUCAUGCGCAUACAGACUCAGAUCCGCGUGGUGAACGCCUUCAGGGACAGCGUGUCCCCGUACGAGAACCUGGAGACCCCCGAGUCCCGCAGCUCCAUCCACAACUUCAUGACCCACCCUGAGUUCCGCAUCGAGGACUCGGAGACUCAGAUCCCGCUCAUCGACGAGCUGGAGGGCGAGGACGACGCGCCCACCAAGCGCAACUCCAUAGCGGUGGCGCCGCCCGUCCACGCCUCGUCGGGCCAGAACAACAGCGCGGCGGAGCACCCCCUGCCGCCGCUCAAAGAUGGCCCCCGGGCCGCCGGUCUGAUCUCCGCCAACUCUGCGGGCCUGCCGCCGUGUCCGGGGAGCCCCCUGCACAGCCUGGAGACGUCGCUGUAAAGGCCCCGCCCCCUUUCACGACCACUUCCUGCGGCAUCCCGGGAUGCGAUGAAACAUUUGAAAGGACACGCCCGGAAGCACUCGCAGCUUCCAUCAUGGCCGCCUCACGCAGACGCUCCCUGGUUACGUUAAUAGGCGAUCAAUAAGCAAUAAUCAGGUGUACACUCGGGUCAAACGUAGACGUAGAUCGAUCAAUCGACCAGCUGUGACUUUUUGUUUGUAGAUUCGUGCACGUUCAUCUUUGAACUUUUGCUUGUAGGUCGUGUUUUCAAAAUGACAAGUCAGGAAAAAGAUAACCAGAACCUUCCAAGAUUAUUUUCAUUUAGUCAUUCAUCAUUAUUGGCAUUUAUACAUAUAU